AUGGGUGCAAGAUCUCCAUUAACUCCAAUAGGUACUGACAUUGAGUCAGUAAUCAUUGCUGUGGCUAUGUUUAUGACAUGUGGCUUACUAAUGUUUGCGUGUUGUUUCGUUGUCACGCAAAUUUACGUCUGCUAUAAACGUGGGCGUCUACUAAAGAAACGUCGUUCAAAGCAACUAGACGAAGAAUUUCAGUUUGCUGUAAUGCAAACUGAUGCUAUCAGUUUUGGUAAUCAUUCGCUGUAA